ACACAGCCCGCCCCCAUCCCCUGCACCACCCUGCACCCCUGCAGUGGCAGUGUCGUAGAUAUGGUAGUCAUGGCAGGCGCGAGCAUAUACGCUGGCAUGGAUGAACAUGAAAGAAAAGUAGUUAUUGAGUUUAUGCACCUUUUAGAAAAGUCUAAACAACUAUUCAAUGGGUUGAGAGAUCUACCUCAACAUGGUCACAAGCAAUGGCAAUCCUACUUUGGAAGAACAUUCGAUAUCUAUACGAAGUUAUGGAAAUUCCAACAGCAACACCGGCAAGUUUUAGAUGCAAAAUAUGGAUUGAAAAGAUGGCAAAUAGGAGAAAUAGCAUCAAAAAUUGGUCAGCUCUACUACCAUUACUACCUAAGAACAAGUGAGACAAAUUAUUUGAAUGAGGCAUAUUCUUUUUAUGCUGCUAUUCGUGGCAGGCAGUAUUAUUCUAGAGCUGCCAAAGAAAACAGGCCUGACCUAAUGGUGAAGAAGCUGAGGUACUAUGCUCGUUUCAUUGUGGUCUGUCUGCUUCUGAAGAGGAUGAAACUUGUGAGGGAACUUGUGCUGGAGCUGGAUAAACAAAUAGUAGACUACACAAGUACAUAUGAGCCUGAUGAUCAAUUAGAAUGGUCAUUGGUUUUAGAGGAAAUCAAAUCUUUCAUCAAGGCUGAUGGUAUUGUAAAUGUUAUCCAUGCAGACUCAAACACAGUUGUACUGUCACACAGGCUAGGACCUUUGACCACCCCUCCAUGUGAGAAGACCACUAUGAUGAAUCUUGUGCUUCAGGAAAUUAUAAUAAUAGGAAAUUGUAACGAUCAGGUAAAAUUUAGUGAAUUAACAAUGGAUAUGUUCAGAAUGCUUCAGACCCUAGAAAGAGAACCUCAGGAUGAGUUCAAUCAUAUUUAUGAUUCAUCGCCUGCCCCCGGCAGAUCAAGUUUUGACAAGUAUUCAAUGCCAGGUAAGAUGCCUCAUGAAAAUGGAGAUGGUUCUACAAUGACUGGCAGACCACUCAGAAGAGAAAAUCCACAUAAAUAUUUACUUUAUAAACCUACAUUUAGCCAAGUUAUAAUGUUCCUGUCAUCAGGGUUCAAAGAAUUACCCUUAAAUGGUGCAAUGCUGCUUUAUUUGUCUGCUGAUGGCUGCUUCCCUACUACAAAACAUCCUCAAGAUUAUGGUUAUGACCUGGGAGGAGUCCAAACAAGCUGCAAAAAAGAAGAUAUAAUCCAUUCCAAAAAAACUUUACAGCUGAAGGAAAUGCAUUGCAUGUACCCUGGUGAUCUGUACCCAUUCACUAGAAAGCCAUUCUUUGUCAUAGUGGAUUCAGACAACAGUUUUGCCUUCCAGCAUAUUCCCCAGUAUUUUAAUCAGCCACUGGUCAUUCUAAUGUCACCUCAGGAGUUGCCUAUGAAGUUUCAAGAUCAUCAUCAUAAUGGCAGCCUGUUCACAUUAUUCUUGCACUCACCAUUGACUGCCUUUUGCUACAUUUGUAGUGUUCCAACCAUUCCCAUACAUCAAUGGGAGCGCUGUCAGUCAUUCAUAGAUCGAUUUGUUACUGAAGCUAGUAGACUAUUUUCACAUAGUAGAAUAGAUCCAGCCUAUCUACAGUUCUUUGGCGAUGAUUUUCUUAGACUUCUUCUCCUUCGUUAUGUCUUUUGUGAUGUGGUGUUACAUCUCCAUCGCUCUUUUAAGGCCUCUUCUCUUCGUCCUCGUUGUCAGCCUCCAUUGCCUGAGGGAGACUUGUUGGAUCAUCCUUCACUGACACAUCUUGUCUAUGAUUUAGCAGCUCACCUUGAUGUGCGCAACCAUUUUAUGGACACUAGUCAAGGGACUGACUGA